AAUUUCAUUUCACAAAUUUCUUAAGCAACGUUUGGUUUGAACGAUUUAUCGAAUACUUUCUGGCAGUGUUGUUAUUCAAAUCUAAUUUUCUUACCGCGUUGAUAAAGCUAAUUCUUUUUCAGAGUUGCAUUAAUUUUCCGUUUGUCAGCAUGAAGGUUGUUGCGGUACUGUUACUUAUCGCCGCUACGGCAUCUGCUAUCGAGUGGUCCGAUCUUCUCGUGAAAUGGAGCCGCUCGGGGGAGGACCCUUCACACGCAAACAGCUUCUUCCAGAUGCCUCGUACAAAAUCUGAUGCUAUUAACGAGAGUUGGGUCGAAGUAACAGGUUUGACUUCCUUGAAUUUGACUGUGUAUUGCUACGAAGAAGGCGACGGUCGCGUAUGUCUUAAAUACGAUUCUUACGGGAACAUUGCUGGUAUACAGGGAAGGCACCAUUUGAUUUUUCAGGUUGCCGUACUCUGCAGUGACGUCGAAAAUGUACAAAGUAUUUACAACCGGUCGAAUUUAAACCAGUAUCAGAUCAAAACGAUAUUUGAUGAACAGUAUUGGACCAGUACUGUCUACUUCAUAUCCCCGGAGACUAUCGCAGCUGGUGGUCGCAGCGAAAUGAACGGUCUUACCGGGACUGAAGGAAUCUGGAUCGGGACAACCGAUGGAUUUAUAGAAAUUCCCAGAAAUGUAUCGGAAUGGGAUUCUGCAUGGACGAAAGAAGUCUGUAUGUCUGAGCAGGGUACACACUAUGAGUACGCUAUGAACAGAUCCAUGGAAUGUACAAACAUGCAGCCUUGGUUUUUGUUAGAACAAGAAGGAGAGUUAAGCGGUUUCGGAUUCCAGGGAUUCGGUAAUACGACUUACAAAAAUCGUAACUGGUACGAGACAAUUACACCGCGUUUUCUCAGAGACACAAUUCCAACAAUUCCACAGUGCGUCAUCGAUUGGGGUGAAGAAUACGGUUUUAUUCUCAUGCAUGUAUUGUUGACUCCUACGCCAUACGUUUGUCCAUAGCAGGCUUCACAGUGCUGAAGAUAGAAAUUUGAGGGGAAAUACAGGAAAGCUUUGUGAAAAUAAGAGGGAGGGGGGUAUUAGGACAUUUUUUUAUAGUACUGACCAAAUAGAGCAAGAUUAGAUAAACACAGGAGUGUCCGAUAUUUUGGUCGUUUUGGAAUUUUUUCGAUUACACAUGGAAAAUAUUGUUCAUAUUGUGGAAAUUUUUUUUUUUUUUAUCAUCAAGUAAACUGGACUGGAAAAGUCGACUAAUGCUUAAGAACAAUGUUUAUAUUUCCAGCUAAAUGUAGGAACAAAAUAAUUUGGGCUGAGUGCAAGUAUUCUGUAGAUAACACUACUCAAUUAAACCGUAAAAAUGUUGGCUCGCAAAAUAUAAAUUCGAUGAAUUUUUUUCGUUCCUAUGUUAAGUUGGAAGUAUAAACAUUGUUCUUAAACAUCAAGUUGAUUUUUUCUGUCCAUUCUCAUUCGUGAGGAAAAGUAACUGACUGGCAAAAAUUAGGGGGAUUUUACGGGGAAAUUGAAUGCUUUAGGGUACAUUUAGGGGAGAUAUUCAGUUUUAAAAUGCUUAUAAGGAAACGAAAAAGAAUAGGGAAAUUCGAGACCGACCGUGUAGCCUGUGAUAGCAACAUCGUAUGACGUGUAAGGAUUCUUCGUAAAUAAAAUAUGUACUUAAUUCUUGAUGAAAUAGA